AAAGUAUUUGUGGAAAAUUUCUUCCAAAAAUAUCCAUUUUUUUCUAAAGUUACAAUGAAACAGUCUAUGGGGCACGUUUAUGUAGUUAUGCAUAGGACGUUUCGCUAUAAUUAGUCCGUACGUGAACUGGUACAUCACUUUCACACCAACCACGUGGACAAUAACUUCCGUCUUUGAUCUCCGCUUUAAUUAAGAAAGCACCCUUGCAUUCGUCUCGCACUUCGCAUAGCACGCUGAAAGCAGACUUUUAUCCUUAAAAGUCCUGCUUUACCCAUAAUGAGUGAUUGGAGACCGUUUGUAUAUGGUGGUUUGGCAUCAGUUACAGCUGAGUGCGGGACAUUUCCAAUUGACACCACAAAAACACGUCUUCAGGUGCAAGGGCAAGUUAUUGAUUCAAGGCUAACAGAAUGCAAGUACCGGGGUAUGUUUCAUGCCUUUGUGAGAAUCUUCCGCGAAGAAGGACUCUUAGCAUUCUAUUCAGGAAUUGGUCCUGCCAUUUUACGACAAGCUACUUAUGGAACUAUCAAAAUUGGUAUUUACCAGUCAAUGAAAAGAAUGUUUGUGUCCAACCCAAUGGAUGAAACGCUCGCUACGAAUGUUUUUUGCGGUGUUGUUGCUGGUAUAGUUUCUAGUUCUAUAGCCAAUCCUACUGACGUACUCAAAGUAAGGAUGCAAGCUAAGACCGAAAGUUUACAGACUUCAAUGUUUCAGUCUUUUAUACAAAUUUACAAGAAAGAAGGUGUUCGAGGAUUAUGGAGAGGAGUCGUUCCAACUGCCCAGAGGGCUGCUAUUGUGGCAGGAGUAGAAUUGCCUGUCUAUGAUAUCACAAAGAAACACAUCUUGAAAUCUGAAUCUAUGGAAGACCAUGCUGGAACACAUUUCGUUGCCAGUUUUACUGCUGGACUUGCUGGUGCUAUAACGUCUAACCCCAUUGAUGUUGUGAAGACUCGUUUAAUGAAUCAACGUGUUUUAAAGACGACCAACGGGACUGCUUCUGCCAUAUACACCUCUUCGCUGGACUGCAUCAUUCAAACUGCCAGAACUGAAGGCUUAAUGGCUUUUUAUAAAGGUUUUAUCCCCACGUGGAUCAGGCUUGGACCCUGGAAUAUUAUUUUUUUCCUAACAUUUGAAAAACUGAAGAAAAUUUAUUAAUUGGACUUUAGAAGAAAUGAACAAAGACAUGUCUGAUUUUCACGAAUCUCAACAAGUUUGUAAUCAGCAUCCAAGAUUAUGAACAAAGCAAUACAACAUAUCUAUUUUCAUUUGAACAUAUUUCUAGAAUCUCACAAUAUUUUUCAGAAAUUCAGGUUUUUUUUAAUUUAUUUUUUCACUUCAUUUUUCAAGCAGUUUUUUGUCAAACGGUCAAGUUCACUUUUGAUGCUUACGAGUUCAGCUUUUUGUUAUUGUGGAGUUUUGCAAUUCUUGCCGCCAAAUACCAACGUUAUGAUGUAAGCCGAUGUCUUUUACAGUACGUAGCAUACAUGGAUUGAUAAAUAUGAUUGAUUUACUGGAUAAUGUCAUUUCUUUCUACAUUCACCUCAUCAUUCAAACAAACAUUUUCAAAUGUUGCCAUCAAUUUCUUCCUUAAACUUCGUUAAGCCCAAUAAUCCCACCUGUCUUGUUACCUCAUUUGUACCUGCCUCAGCAAAAUUCUGUCACAUUGCACUUCCAUCAAUGUCUCCUUCAUUCAUCCUACACUUUAUCGUCACCGUAAAAGUCGAUUCCUUUUACACCAUCAUUCUUCAUGACAUCAGUCUCAAAGUUCUUUAUUUGACCCCUGCACUGCACUCAAUCCCUCCACUGUCACAUCACUGAUCUUCCCAUCUCUAAAUGCUCCUCUUUCUCUCAAAGAGAACGAACAAAACCGUAUUUAGCUUCCUGUAAUUUUCAUGAACCUCAACUAGUCAUGCUCUGAGAUUAAUGAACAAAGCAAUACAUCAUAUCUAUUUUCAUUUGAACAUAUUUCUAGAAAUUCUACCAACAUGUGAGUGGAGUAGACAUGGAGUGUCAGAUAGGUUCCAAUUAAACUUUGUUUUAGACCUCACUGAAACUCAAAUUUGCCCCCCUGUUUAACCCUUUAGUGUUUGCAUUAUUCUACUAAAAUUAAUCCUUUUUCAUCCACUUUGUUUUGAACUAAUUAUGCAUUAUCUUGUAGCUAUGAGAUUUUGAUGAGGUAGCUGUUAAUUUUUAAAACGAUAUUGUAGGAUUGGUGUGAGAGACCUGAUCUGGCCAGUUUGAACAUAAAACAGGCAGAAUACUUUUGGCCGGUUUAAAUGUUAAAGGGUUAAGCAAACCCCUAAACUGCUACACCAGUAAUAGUAUCAAUGCCACUUCACCCCCUUUUUUUUUCUUUAAUGUCUUUCAUCUGCACAAUUCACCAUCAUUACUUCCAAUUUCUUAACACCCCCGACAUUUCUGCCUUUAUCCACAUCAUCCAUCUCUCCACACUACAGAUCAACAAACUCUUGUUUUUGUCUCGACUAAGUUUCCUUCUUAACACUUUCAUCACUCAAUCUGCUUUCCCUUUUCACAUUUUCUUUGGUUCCAUUGCUUUUUACAGUCAGGACACCAGUUUUAAUUAUUUAAUCAAAGCAAAUGCAUCCAUUUUGCCUAUCAAAGUUACCCUGUACAAAUUGUGAAUGUAGACAAAUUACACCCUUGCUUUUAUUGUAUUAUAAUGUAUCUCGUUAAGUUGAUUUAUUAGUUAAGAAAUAUAACCAUUUUAGGAUGAUUUAAAUUUAAUGAAGUACUCUUGAAUUAUGAAAUUUUGCUCUAAAAUUACUUCUGGCUUCUUGCUGUAAAAUUCUUUUCCAAAUUCCUUUAAUUAAAAACAGUUUUUUAAUUUACUUCUAAGUUAAAAUGGCUUCUCUGAACUGUGAUAGAAAAAUAAUUUAAUCCUUUUGAUACCCCCUCACCUGAGAUCGUUUCUUGUUCUAUGUUUCAAGCUUUGUUUUAAAAAAAUUCUUAAAACCCUCCCCUUGAUUUCAUGUUAAUUUAUCUUCCAAAGCUCCAAUUUAUUUUCAAAAUUAAUUUGAACAAAAGGCAGCCAAUGUGUUUCAGUGAAAAUAUAGUAAGAGUGGAGGUACGUGGCUCAUUGGUUGAACUUCUGAUUGAAAGCUUCAUCGUUAUCAUUCUUUAACGUCCGUUUUGGAUGAUGAAGAAUUUUUCAAUUGUAAGUCCAACACCCUAACCACUAAGUCAUGUGCCUGGUGAUGUAUUGUGUUCUUGAGCAAGGCCUUUCAUUUCAUAUUGCUCCAGUCCGCUUGGCUGGCAAAGACAAGUAAUCCUGUGACAGACCAUCCCAUGCAAGAGGGGAAUAAAUAUAUACGACAGAAACUGGCCCUAGGGAUCUAUCCAUAUGAUUCUGGAAAGAUCCUUUAUCCAUUUUUGUAUGGUAACAACAGGAUCAGUUCAGAGUAAAACAUUUGUCCAGAAACUAAUAUGGUCUGGCAGCAGUCGAAGAAGAUUGGUUUUUAGCUUUGUCUUCCUCUUAUCUGUUUGGAUAAGUAUUUUGGAUCUCACUGUAUUUGUACUCGUUUUCUUUAUACACCUAAAUCAUACAAGUAACUAUUUAAGAUGUAAUCUCAGCCAGUAAGUAUACUGUUAAGUGUCCAUAAAUAUUAACCUGAUGUAGGUCUUAAGUUGUGAAAGAUUUUGCUUUUUGUCUUCUAGAAUAUAACAUCAUAAAAGAACAGAUUUCCAUCUGUUUAUAGAGGGUAGAAGGGGAAGAUAACAUAUCUUUAUAAGGCAAAGAGAAAAAGUUGAGAGAGAGAGUAUGUGAUAAUUACUAUGGCGACAACAAUACCUAACAAGUUUUGAUUAAAUGCAUGAUUGUGAGUGAGUCUGUCAACACAACGCAACACAGACCUAAAAAAAAAUAUCUAAAAUACAGUUAUCUUUUGAGUUGUUUGUGUCAACAUAUAGACAACACUGACUUUAAAAAGGACUUCACUAUAAUGACUUGUUGAGUGUGUGAAAGAUAGAAUUAAAAUUUGUUUCAAGAAAGAAAAAACAGGUUCUUAUUGAGCAUAUCAAUGUGAUCGCUGUUGUAGGCUUCUGAAGGAGAUGUAUUUCAUGUUGAUUAGGUUGUUACCCGGCAGCGUAGUGACAGGUUACGACUGGUAAUUUAUAAGAAUUUAAAAAAUUAGCUAGUUUAAUCCCUUAACAUAAUAAAGGACCAAUAAACUUAAUUGUUGGUUUACUUGGCAUCAACAUGAAUUCUGACAAUUGGUUAUCAGUGACUAGAAAGAAAUCAAGACUUAUAAUGUUUAAUAUAUAUAAAACAUUUAUUUCUCUGAGGUUUACAUUUGCUUUUGUUAAAGAAAGCAAAUUCUUGAAAGUUCUUAGCAGUUUUACAAUCACUUAUGCCAACUGAUAGCGUUACCAUUCUUUCAAUUCCUAAAUCCAUCAGGACGAGGUAGUUGAAGUGGUUUUGUGAGUUAUGGAUAGCAGAAAACUGCCAAAAUAUAGUGUUUUUUUUGCCCAAUUAUCUUAAAUGGAAAUGAAGUUCUAGUUCAGUUCCUCUUCCACCCCCUCCAACGAUAGAAUCAAUAAAGAACAUCUCCAAAAGUAAAUAGAUCAAUGUGAGUAAAAUUUUGAUUAAUUUCCAAUAAAACAUAUUUCAAUGAAUGAAGGCAGAUAUAAUUUAACAAUAACCCUGCAAAGAAACUUGUAACAUCCAGCUACAAAGUGAUAUCUUUAUAGACAAUUUCCUUUACAUUUGAAGAGAAAUAUCGAAGAUAUUACUUGCUACUAUUAAGGCAGCGAGCUGGCAGAACCAUUAUUAGCAGACCAGACAAAAUGCUCAUUGGUAUUUCUUCUGGCUUUAUGUUCUGAGUUUGAAUUCUGCCGAGGUCGACUUUGCCUUUUAUCGUUUCAGGGUUGACAAAAUAUGUAUCAUUUAAGCACUGGGGGGGUGAUUAAGGUAAUUAACUUGCACCACCCCUCAAAUGUUCAGGCCUCAUACCUAUAAUAGAGAGGAUUAUUGUUUUGUGACUCUGGUCUCUAUUGAAUUAAAUAGUUUACACUGCUUAGAGGGAGGCAAAAAA